CCCUGAGACCGAGCGGGGAGCACGGCAGCACGCAGCCUGGCGCGGGCGGACCGGCGCUGGAUUUCUUUUCGUAAAGAGCGGUGAGGCAGUGACACAGGCUGCCCAGGGAGGUAGUGGGAUCACCGUCCCUGGAGGUGUUCAGGAGCCGUGUGGAUGUAGCGCACUGAGGGACAUGGUCAAUUUUUGAGUGGCGGUGGAGAUGGAAGAGGCUGUGGGAGAUGAGGCUGAGUUCAGGGGGAGAGAUGAGCUGCGCUCCUCUCCUGAUCGCCCUGCACAGCAGGAGCCAGAGCAACUGAGGACAACACAGCUCUCAUCUAAAACUGACACUGAACUCUGUCCACCUCUCAUUGCUCUAAAAAAGGGUAAGAGAGAGAGUAAUGGCACGGAAAGUAAGUAUCGUAGACUUGGAGGGUUCCUGAAGACAAGGAAUGCUGAGCUAGAAUCUGCUGUCACAGGAUUGUCUUGGACUUCUGUUCUUCCGACAACUGCUAAGAAAAGUAUAGUGCUUUCCAGUGAAACUAGGAAAGAACUAGCCAAGCAAGCUAAAGUCACCAAAGAGGAGAGAAGAGCUCAGAUAGAUGAAAGACACAAGUAUUUGAUAUCAAGGUUAUCAGAUGGAAUAGACUUAAGUGAGCAGCAAGUGGAGGAGGCCAUUAUUUCUGAUGACAAGUUUCAACUUAUAGAACAAUUCUUUGCUCCUAAUGGACUUAAAAAGUUACUGUUCUUUUACCAAGAUAUUUUGCAGCAAACAUCAAAUGUUUCAUUGAGGUCUGAUGUGUCAACCAACAGUUUCGUUCAGAAGAAGCUAUUUCUUACCAUGGGUUCUACAGAGAACUUUACAGGAAUCUGUGCGUUUUUCCUAAGGACAUCAGAUAAAGUUAUAACCACAUCAAAUGUUUGCCAGGAGGUGAAUUUUGGCAUAUUUGAUUGUUCUAAUGGAAAUAUCCUUCAGGGUCUGGAAUUGUUCUUGUCCCAGAUCAUGAUACCAGUGCUUAAAUCCCAACAGCACUGGGGAGCUGUGAAAGAAGGUCUGAAGAACAGCCAGAUACAAGAUUUUCUAUAUUCAGUCGAUAGAUUUGUGAGUACCUUGUCAUCAUCAAGACAGAAUCUGGAAGAUAGAAUUCAGCUUGCAAAAGUGGAUAUUGACACUUAUGUCAGCAAUUUACGGAAUCCAUCUGACUACAUAACUGCAGGCAGUAACACAGAGAUCACUGAGAAACUUGAACAAGUGUUAAUGAUUUGGAUCAAACGGAUCAAACAGGUGUUAGUGGAGAGUGAACAAAUGAGAAGAGAAGCUGAUGACAUUGGUCCAUCUGCAGAGCUGGAACAUUGGAAGUCAAGAAUGUCAUCAUUUAACAGCCUUGUAGAUGAGAUCAAGAGUUCAAGAGUAAAGAAAACUAUAAGUAUUCUUCAGGUUGCAAGAUCAAAGACACUAAAGCAGUGGAAAGAGUUGGAUGGUAGUAUAACGAUUGCUGCCAAUGAAGCUAAAGACAAUGUGAGAUAUUUAUAUACACUUGAUAAAUUUUUUGGUCUACUGGCCAAAGCUUCUCCUGUUACAAUGGUGGAACACAUACCCAGUUUAAUGAAUGCAGUCUGUAUGAUCUACUGUACAUCACCAUACUACAACACAUCAGAGUGCAUGACAUCUCUUCUUCUUAAAAUCACUAAUCAAAUGAUUAACACGUGCAAGACAUAUCUAUGUGAAGGUGUUUCAAAAAUCUGGGAUCUGGACAGGGAAGAAUUGCUGAAGAGGAUACAGCAAUGCAUUUUCCUCAAAGAACAGUACCAAACAUCCUUUCAGAGAAUCAGGGAGAAGCUAAAGGAAAAUCCAGGUGACAGGCAAUUUGAUUUCAGUGAAAACUAUAUUUUUGGAAAAUUUGACACAUUCUGUAAACGUUUGGAGAAGAUUUCAGACAUGAGCAAUAUUAUGGAAAGCCUAUUAGAGCUCCAGCGCAUAAAAAUAGAAGGAAUUGAAGAGAUCAGUACUCACUAUCAGACCAUUGCUACAAAUACCAAAUCAAAAAAGUAUGACGUUCUGGAUCACAGAAAAAAAGAGUUUGAUAAAGAUUACCUUGAAUUUAAGAACCAAAUUGCAACAUUGUAUGAGUCCAUACAAGAAUUUGUGGAUUCCUGUUUCGAGAAGACUGUAACUACUGAGCAGAUGCUGAGACUUCUGAUGAAGCUUGAACGAAUAGGAGAAAAUCAAAUUGAUCUUAAUGAGAAGUAUGUAAUUGUCCUUCAGCAAUACAGCCAAGACUUAGACUUUGUGCAAAAACUCUACCAGGAGCAAAAAGAAAAUCCACCUAUACCACGUAAUAUACCACCAGUAACAGGGAAGAUAAUGUGGGCUCAGCAGUUGUACAGAAAGAUUGACCAUCCAAUGAGAUUCUUUAAAAAGAAAACUACACUUCUGAAGACACUGGAAAUGAAAAACGUUGCUAAGAGCUACAAUAAAAUGGCUGCAGUUCUUUUGGAAUUUGAACUUAUUUAUUAUAGAGCCUGGUGCAGGUUUGCUGACCAGGCUAAAAAUGCUCUAUAUGCUUCCUUACUAGUCAAGCACCCAGAAACCAAGGAACUGCUAGUAAACUUGGAUCCAGUGGUCCUGGAAGUACUUUAUGAAACAAAGUACCUGAAAAAAAUGCAUUUUAAAGUUCCAGAUGUUGUCCUUGGCUUGUGUGCAGACGAAGAACAGAUUAAAAGACAUCACACUGAACUCCAGAAUCUAUUGAUCAGUUACAAAGAGCGUCUGAAUGGAAUUCCCGUUGUGCUGAAACCACUAAUGAAGCCAUUCAUAGGACAAGUUGAGGAUGCCCUUGCUCCAGGCAUGACGCAGCUGUCCUGGACUUCUUCAAACAUCAAUAAAUUUAUUGAGAAUGUCUAUAGUACCAUGAGGGAAUUGGACUUUAUAAUCAAAGAAGCUGCUGAUACCCUGGAGUGCAGAAUUGAAAGAGUUCUGGAGGAUAUGUCAAACACUGCUCUGAUAAUUUUACCAGAAGAUGAACCUAUAGAUGUAUCUACAUUCUUGGAACAGACAGAAAAUCUUGCUGUCUCUACUGCUCGCAAACUUUCUCAACAGAGUCAGCAAGUGGAAUCCUUUGUGUAUGAUCUGGUAGACACUCUUAAGCACAGGCUGAAAGCAGAUGCUGGAAGGACUCUGGAGGAUUCGUAUUCGUGUACACGUCUUGACACAAAACAGAAAACACGCUGCCAAGAAUGCAUGUCUUGUUGUUGCUAUUAUCUCAUGGGACAGCUUUGUCAGAAGAAUACUGAUUCUUUAGUCAGAUGCACGAAGAUUUCCUUAGAGUCCUUGAGACAUCGAUUGCGUAUUGUUGACUCCAGGUAUCAGAUGACCAAGUCUGUAGAGACAAAGAGGGUUCCUUUGUUCAAAAGUGAAUUUCAGCUGGCUAUUCCUAAUGUUGUCUUGAGACCAAAUCUUGAAGAUAUUCAGAGUGCAGUGAACAAAGCAGUAAAUAUAAUGUUAUCAAUAGCCAAAGAUAUCCCACUCUGGAAAUUUGCUUACUUACAUCAUAAGCAGCAGCAGGUUGAACAAUCUGUUGUCAGAGAGUUAGCUGAUGAGAACAAAUUCACCAGAAUGUUGGCACUGAAGCCUUUAGACAAGCAGAUCAUCGAGCAUAAGGACAUAAACAAAGUGGUGAUUCAACUCAAUACAGUUAUUUUGUCUCUCAGAACUAGAGCAUCGGAUCUUCUGAACAGUUUUUCUGAAUUUUCAGGCAUCUGGAAUAAGGAUCCAGAGGAAAAGGUGAAGGAAUUCAUAGAGACUAAACCAACAAUGGCUGAAUUCCAAACUCAAAUUGGAUACUUUUCUCAAUUAGAACUGCAGAUCAGAGAACUGCCAAAUCACUGUGUUCUGGAAUCAGUGGAUAUUGCAACAGAGUCAUUGAAAAUAGCCCUCAUUCAGGAAUGCCGUUCAAGACAAAGAACAUUUGGAUUAGCUUUGAAUGAAAAAUCUGCCACAGACAUGGAUGAAAUUUAUUCAUUCAUUGAAAAUCUUAGCAAGAGAUUAAGCAGGCCUAUCCAUGACCUUGAUGAUGUACGGGGAGCAAUGGAAGCACUAAAGGAAAUUCGAGAGAAUGAAGUUAAAAUUGAAAUGACAGUUGGACCUAUUGAAGAAUCUUAUUCUGUGCUUCAGAGAUACAAUCUGCUCUUUCAAGACAGAAACACAGAAAGAGUUGAUGGACUGGCUUAUGCCUGGAAGAACCUAAACACACAGGCACUACAGGUUGAGGAUUUGCUACUGAAGGUACAGCCAGGCAUGAAAACAGAUUUGCUGAGUGGUGUUCAGAAAUUCCAGGCUGAUACUGCAGAGUUCUGCAAAGACUAUAAUGAAAAGGGCCCCAGUGAAGAGAAUGUUUCUCCUCAUGAAGCAAGUGAGAGAUUACAGCUCUUUCAAGCCAAAUUUGAUGAACUGUGGGCAAAGUAUCUCUCUCUUUCUGGUGGGGAAGAAUUAUUUGGUCUUCCUGUUACAGAGUAUCCUGAACUGCACAAAAUUAAACGUGAGCUUUCAUUGCUUCAGAAACUUUAUGGUCUUUAUAAUUCAGUUAUUGCUAGUAUCAAUGGAUACAAUGAAAUGCUUUGGAGUGAUUUGAAUAUUGAAAAAAUUAACAAUGAACUUCUGGAUUUUCAAAACAAAAUCCGCAAGUUACCUAAAGCUCUGAAGGAAUGGCAAGCAUUUCGAGACCUAAAAAAGAAAAUUGAUGACUUCACAGAGAGCUGUCCUCUGCUUGAAAUGAUGGCAAACAAAGCAAUGAUGUCUCGACACUGGGAAAGAAUUGCACAAGUAACAGGACAUCACUUUGAAGUUGACUCUGAAAAUUUCUCUUUGAAAAAUAUAAUGGAUGCCUCUUUAUUAAAACGUAAAGAAGAUAUUGAGGAUAUCUGCAUCAGCGCUGUUAAAGAAAAGGAUAUUGAAGCAAAAUUGAAGCAUGUCAUCAGUGAGUGGAGUACUCAUGCUUUCAGUUUUGGCCAAUUCAAAACACGAGGAGAACUCCUUCUGAAAGGAGCAGAUACUUCAGAGAAAAUAGCUUUGGUGGAAGACAGCCUCAUGAUACUGGGGUCACUCAUGAGCAACAGGUAUAACACACCAUUUAAGUCCACUAUACAACAGUGGGUCCAGAAGUUAGCCAAUACAGCGGAAAUAAUUGAAAACUGGAUUGCUGUACAAAACCUCUGGAUUUACCUUGAAGCUGUUUUUGUUGGUGGAGACAUUGCAAAACAACUACCUCAGGAAGCCAGAAGAUUUCAGAACAUUGAUAAAUCAUGGCAGAAAAUUAUGCAGAAAGCUCAUGAAACAUCAAACAUCAUACAGUGCUGUGUUGGAGAUGAGACUUUGGCACAGCUAUUGCCACACUUGCUGGAGCAAUUGGAAAUCUGUCAGAAAUCACUGACUGGUUACUUAGAGAAAAAGCGGUUAAAAUUUCCAAGAUUUUUUUUUGUAUCUGAUCCUGCUCUUCUGGAAAUCCUUGGUCAAGCAUCUGAUUCCCACACUAUUCAGGCACAUUUAUUAAGUUUGUUUGACAACGUUAACCGGGUUGGAUUUCAUGAAAAAAACUAUGACCAGAUUUUAUUGUUUGAAUCUCAAGAAGGAGAACAGGUCAAUAUUAUUGAACCAGUUAUAGCACAGGGCAACGUGGAAUUCUGGUUAGGUCAGCUGCUGAAUGGGAUUCGGAAAACAAUCCACACUAUCAUUAGAGAGGCAUCACUGGCCAUUAGCGACUCAGGAUUUAAGCUGUAUGACUUUCAGGCAAUGUUUCCUGCACAAAUAGGACUUCUGGGAAUUCAAAUGAUCUGGACCAGAGAUGCAGAGCAUGCACUGAACAGUACCAAAACAGACAAAAAGGUAAUGCACACAACAAAUCAGAAGUUUUUGGAACUUUUAAAUGAUUUGAUUGACAUGACAACACACAAUCUAACAAGAAUGGAGCGCACAAAAUAUGAAACUUUAAUUACUAUUCAUGUACACCAGAAGGAUAUCUUUGAUGAUUUGGUCCGUAUGAACAUUAAAUCUCCAUCUGAUUUUGAAUGGCAAAAACAGUCUCGAUUUUAUUUUCUUGAAGACUUGGAUAAAUGUGUUAUCCAAAUCACUGAUGUAGAGUUCACCUACUGCAAUGAAUACUUAGGAUGUACAGACAGGCUCGUUAUAACUCCUUUAACUGACAGAUGUUACAUCACUCUGGCACAGGCCCUGGGCAUGAGUAUGGGUGGUGCACCUGCAGGACCUGCAGGGACAGGGAAAACAGAGACAACUAAAGAUAUGGGCAAAUGCCUGGGAAAGUAUGUUGUUGUUUUCAAUUGUUCAGACCAAAUGGACUACAGAGGAUUGGGCCGUAUCUAUAAAGGUUUAGCCCAGUCUGGUGCAUGGGGUUGCUUUGAUGAAUUUAACCGCAUUGAACUUCCAGUUUUAUCAGUAGCUGCUCAGCAGAUAUAUAUUGUACUUCAGUGUAAGAAAAAUAAGAAACCUCAGUUCGUUUUCACAGAUGGUGAUGUUGUUGACAUGGACAGAGAAUUUGGCAUAUUUCUGACUAUGAAUCCAGGCUAUGCAGGACGACAGGAGCUUCCAGAAAAUCUGAAGAUUCAGUUUCGUACAGUUGCUAUGAUGGUGCCUGACCGUGGCAUUAUUAUGCGAGUCAAGCUGGCAAGUGCUGGUUUCCGAGACAACCAAAUCCUUAGUCGAAAAUUUUAUACACUCUACAAGCUCUGUGAAGAGCAGUUAUCUAAACAGGUUCACUAUGACUUUGGACUAAGAAAUAUCCUGUCCGUUUUAAGAACGCUUGGAGCGGUGAAAAGAUCUAAUCCCAAAGAGCCAGAGAAAACUGUUGUGAUGAGAGUUCUGCGGGACAUGAACCUCUCCAAACUGGUGGAUGAAGAUGAGCCUUUAUUUAUGAGUCUCAUUAAUGACCUAUUCCCUGGAAUUACUCUGGAUAAAGCUGUGUAUCCUGAACUACAGUCAGCCAUUCAGAAACAGGCAGAGAAAGCAGGGCUUAUCCAUCAUCCACCAUGGAUUCUUAAACUCAUUCAGCUGUAUGAAACUCAACGAGUCCGACAUGGUAUGAUGACUCUAGGUCCAAGCGGUGCAGGAAAGACCAAAUGCAUUAAUAUUUUGAUGAAAGCAAUGACAGAUUGUGGUGCUCCUCAUAAAGAGAUGAGAAUGAACCCAAAGGCAAUCACAGCUUCCCAGAUGUUUGGCACCCUUGAUGUUGCCACAAAUGAUUGGACAGAUGGCAUUUUCUCUACAUUAUGGAGAAAAACUUUAAAAGCAAAGAAGCAGGUAGUCCUACUGUUCAAAUUCAAAAGCAAGAGCUACUCAUGUUUUGACAUGAGGACAAGAAAGGGUGAGCAUAUUUGGAUAGUUUUGGAUGGGCCUGUUGAUGCGAUAUGGAUUGAAAACCUGAACUCUGUUUUGGAUGAUAAUAAGACCCUGACUUUGGCCAAUGGAGAUCGUAUUCCGAUGUCCCCCAGCUGCAAAAUUAUUUUUGAACCUCACAACAUUGACAAUGCUUCCCCUGCAACAGUUUCUCGUAAUGGGAUGGUCUUCAUGAGUUCUUCAGUGUUAGAUUGGAAGCCUAUUUUAAUGGCUUGGCUGCAAACACUACCUGCUACAUACUCUGAUGUUCUUUGGAAAUGCUUUAAUGCUGUAUUUCAGGAUAUGAUCAAUUUUGUUUUCUCUGCUGUGACACCAAAAAUGGCGGUUUUAGAAUGUAUGUACAUCAAACAAGCUAUUGACCUUCUACAGGGUUUAUUGUCAGACCGAGAUGAAAAGCAGCUCAGUGAGGAACAUAUUGCUCGCCUGUUCAUUUUUGCUGUAAUGUGGUCAGUUGGAGCUCUUUUGGAACUGGAUGACAGGCUGAAAAUGGAGCUGUUCCUACGAAAGCAUUCUGCAGUGAAAGAACUUCCAGCUGUGAAUGGAGAAGAAACCAUGUUUGAAUUUGGUAUUAGUACCAGUGGCCAGUGGGAGCAUUGGUCAAAGAAGGUCCCUGAAUAUAUUUACCCUAAAGAUUCAGUACCAGAAUAUACUUCCAUUCUAGUUCCAAAUGUGGACAGUGUUCAAACAAACUUUCUAAUGCACACUAUCAUGAAGCAAGGAAAAGCUGUUCUGCUAAUUGGGGAACAGGGAACAGGAAAAACAGUAAUGAUUAAGGAUUACAUGAGCAAGUAUGAUCCCGAUGUUCACUUGACCAAGCGUCUCAACUUUUCUUCUGCAACUCUGCCAAAUAUGUUCCAAAGGAGCAUAGAAAGUUAUGUAGAUAAAAGAAUGGGUACCACUUAUGGUCCUCCAGCAGGGAAGAAAAUGACUGUCUUUAUUGAUGACAUCAACAUGCCUGUAAUUAAUGAAUGGGGUGAUCAGAUCACCAAUGAGAUUGUAAGACAGUUGAUGGAACAGAAAGGUUUCUACAAUUUGGAGAAGCCAGGCGAAUUUACAAAUGUGGUUGAUAUCCAGUUUGUAGCUGCAAUGAUUCACCCUGGGGGAGGUCGGAAUGACAUCCCACAGCGCCUGAAACGCCAGUUCACCAUCUACAACUGCACACUGCCUUCCAGUUCAUCCAUUGACAAAAUAUUUCGAACAGUAGCUGAAGGCUAUUUCUGUGAACAACGAGGUUUUUCUGAGGAAAUAUGUAAACUGGCUUCUGCGUUAGUAUCUACAACACGAAAAGUAUGGCAAACAACAAAAGCAAAGAUCUUACCAACUCCAGCUAAAUUUCAUUACAUCUUUAAUUUACGAGACCUUAGUCGUAUUUGGCAAGGAAUGCUAACAGUUACUUCUGAAGUCUGCCAGAGCAUCAGUGUUUUGGUAGCCUUGUUCCAGCAUGAAUGUAGACGUGUUAUUGCAGACAGGUUCAUCAGCCAAAGUGAUAAAGACUGGUUUGAAGAUACGAUGAAAAAGACUGCUGCUGCAGAACACGAUCAAAAUCUAUUUGAAGAUGGAUCUGCAGAAUUAUACUUUGCUGAUUUUUUGCGUGAUGCCCCAGAAGCCACAGGAGAUGAACCUGAUGAUGUAGAAUUGAAGGCACCUAAAAUUUAUGAGCCUAUCCCAUCUUUGGAUUAUUUGGCUGAAAGAUUGCAAAUGUUCAUGCAGCAGUACAAUGAAAGCAUCAAAAGCUCAAAGAUGGAUUUAGUAUUUUUCAAGGAUGCAAUCACUCAUUUGAUUAAAAUAUCACGGAUUAUUCGUACUCCACAAGGAAAUGCAUUGUUGGUGGGCGUGGGUGGAUCUGGAAAACAGAGUCUGACCAGACUAGCAUCAUAUAUUGCUGGAUAUGAGAGCUUUCAGAUUACUUUAACAAGAACAUACGCCACCAAUAACCUCUUGGAUGAUCUGAAAAUCUUGUACCGCACUGCUGGGCAAAAAGGAAAGGGCAUUGUCUUUAUAUUCACAGACAACGAAAUCAGAGAUGAAUCUUUUCUUGAGUACCUGAACAAUGUUUUGGCUUCAGGUGAAGUUUCAAAUCUUUUUGCACGAGAUGAAAUAGGUGAAAUCACGCAAGAUCUGAUACCAGUGAUGAAGAAAGAGUAUCCAAGGUGUACUCCAACUGGUGAAAAUCUUUAUAAUUACUUUCUUACUCGGGUUCGCAAUAACUUGCACGUGGUUCUUUGUUUUUCUCCUGUUGGAGAAAAGUUCAGAACUCGUGCACUCAAAUUUCCAGGUCUGAUUUCAGGCUGUACCAUGGACUGGUUCCAGCGCUGGCCUAAAGAUGCUCUUGUAGCAGUUGCACAACAUUUUUUAGUUUCCUACUAUAUAGAAUGCACAGAUGAAGUGAAAAAAAGUGUUGUUAACACCAUGGGAACAUUUCAAGAUAUUGUAGCUGAAAAGUGUGUUGAAUACUUUGAACGAUACAGACGCCGAACAUUUGUGACUCCAAAAUCUUACCUGUCCUUCAUUGGAGGCUACAAAGCUAUUUAUAAGGAGAAGUUUGGCAAUGUUGGGAGUUUGUCUGAACGUAUGAGAACAGGUCUUGCAAAACUGAUGGAAGCUGAGGUUUCAGUAAGUCAGCUUUCCAAAGAGCUGGUGAUGAAGGAGAAAGAUUUGGCUGUAGCUUCAAAAAAAGCUGAUGAAGUUUUAUUGGAAGUAACAAUGAAAGCCCAAGCUGCCGAAAAGGUGAAAAUGCAGGUUCAAAAGGUAAAAGACAAAGCUCAGGCCAUUGUGGAUGACAUUGCCAUUGAUAAAGCAGCAGCAGAAGAGAAGCUUGAAGCUGCAAGACCUGCACUGGAAGAAGCAGAGGCAGCCCUGCAGACAAUAAAACCUUCUGACAUUGCAACUGUUCGCAAACUGGGUAAACCUCCUCACUUGAUAAUGCGAAUUAUGGAUUGUGUGCUACUUUUAUUCCAAAGAAAAAUAGACUCAGUAACAAUUGAUCAAGAACGCCCAUGUGUGAAGCCAUCAUGGACUGAGGCUCUGAAACUAAUGAAUAACUCUGGAUUUCUUGGCAUGCUGCUUAGUUUUCAGAAGGACUCAAUUACAGGAGAAAUUGUGGAGCUUUUAGAGCCUUAUUUGGACAUGGAGGAUUAUAAUCUGGAGACGGCUAAAAAAGUGUGUGGAAACGUAGCAGGUCUAUGCUCAUGGACACAAGCAAUGGCUUACUUCUAUGGUAUUAAUAAAGAAGUCCUUCCUCUUAAGGCAAAUCUAGCCUUGCAAGAGGGAAGACUUGCAGCUGCCCAAACUGAACUGAAUAAUGCACAAAAUCAGCUGGAUGAAAAGCAGAUGGAACUGGAUCAAGUACAAGCCAUGUAUGAUGCUGCUAUGAAGGAGAAGCAGGCCUUACUCGAUGAUGCCGAGGCUUGCAGAAGGAAGAUGAACAAUGCCACAGCUCUCAUAGAAGGCUUAGGUGGAGAAAAGCUUCGUUGGACAGAAAGCAGCAAAAAAUUUCAAAAUCAAAUUACUCAUUUAGUGGGGAAUGUCCUUCUGGCCACUGGAUUUCUCUCCUACUCUGGACCUUUCAAUCAGGAGUACAGGAAUUUGCUGCUCCAUUUGUGGAAGAAAGAGAUGAACAACAGUAAGAUUCCAUACAGUAAUGACCUGAACCUCACCGGUAUGCUUGUUGACAAUGCUACAGUCAGUGAAUGGAACCUCCAGGGUCUUCCAAAUGAUGACCUUUCAAUUCAGAAUGGCAUAAUUGUCACCAAAGCAUCUAGAUAUCCUUUGCUGAUUGAUCCACAAGGUCAAGGAAAGAUCUGGAUUAAAAAUAAAGAAAAGAAUAAUGAACUACAGGUUACAGCUAUGAACCACAAGUUCUUCAGAAGUCAUAUAGAAGACAGCCUGUCCCUUGGCCGACCCCUGUUAAUAGAAGACAUUGGAGAGGAACUUGAUCCUGCUCUAGAUAACAUCCUGGAAAAAAAUUUCAUAAAAUCUGGUUCAGCACACAAAGUGAAAGUAGGUGACAAGGAGGUAGAUGUCAUGAAGGGGUUUACCCUUUAUAUGACAACAAAAUUGGCUAAUCCUGCAUAUACUCCAGAAAUCAGUGCAAGAACAACAGUGAUUGACUUUACUGUUACUAUGAGAGGGUUGGAAGAUCAGCUCCUUGGCCGUGUCAUCCUCACAGAAAAACAGGAGCUUGAGGCAGAAAGAGUCAAACUGAUGGAGGAAGUGACAUCUAACAAGAGGAAAAUGCAGGAGCUUGAAGAUAACCUACUCUUUCGCCUAAUGAGUACAGAGGGCUCUUUGGUUGAAGAUGAGUCUCUAAUAGAAGUCCUAAGAAUCACUAAAACAACAGCAGAAGAGGUCAGUGAAAAAUUAAGCAUAGCAGCGGAGACAGAGGUGAAAAUCAAUACUGCACGUGAAGAGUAUCGGCCCGUUGCUGGUCGUGGCAGCAUCCUUUAUUUCCUAAUUGUGGAAAUGAGCUUGGUGAAUGUCAUGUACCAAACAUCCUUACGGCAGUUUCUUGGCAUUUUUGACCUGUCAGUGGAAAGAUCUCAGAAAUCUCAGAUCACAGGGAAAAGGGUGCUGUAUAUAAUUGAGCAUCUCACCUAUGAAGUCUUCAAGUAUACAGUUCGAGGGCUGUAUGAAAAUCACAGAUUCCUGUUUACAUUGCUUUUGGCACUGAAGAUUGACUUGCAGGCCAAGAAAAUUUCACACAGUGAGUUUGAGACACUGAUCAAAGGAGGUGCCAGUUUGGAUCUGAAUUCUGUGGAACCGAAACCAAAAAAAUGGAUCCUUGACAUGACAUGGCUUAAUCUUGUGCAGUUGUCUAGCUUGUGCCCUUUUAACCAGCUUCUGGUACAAGUUGUUAGGAAUGAGAAGGCCUGGAAAGCUUGGUUUGAUGCAGAAGCACCUGAAAAAACUGUUGUUCCUGAUGGGUAUGACAGCUUACUGGAUCAAUUCCGUAAGCUUCUCCUUGUCCGUAGCUGGUGCCCUGAUCAUACCGUUGCCCAAGCUCGACACUACAUUGCAGAAUCCCUUGGUAUGAAAUAUGCGGAAGGAUUUAUACUUGAAAUGGAAGCAAUGUGGUCAGAAAGUGACUGUCGAACACCUCUGACAUGCUUUUUAUCAGUGGGGUCUGACCCCACUGAAAAUAUAGAACGUCUUGCAAAAUCAAAGAACAUUCCCUGUCAUGCCAUUUCAAUGGGCCAGGGCCAGGAAGUCCAUGCAAGACGCCUGUUAAAUAAGUGCAUGCAAGAUGGAGGAUGGCUCCUUCUACAGAACUGCCACCUUGGCUUAGUGUUUCUUAAUGAAUUAAUGGACACCAUCACAACAACAGAAUCAAUCAGUGAAGGUUUCAGGACCUGGAUCACAACAGAGGCUCACCCAGAGUUUCCUAUUAAUCUUUUACAGGCAUCUAUCAAAUUUACUAACGAACCACCUCAAGGUGUGAAAGCUAGCUUAAAGCGAACCUACUCUACUAUUACUCAGGAUCACCUAGAAGUGAGCAACAUGCCACAGUGGAAACCGUUACUAUAUGCUGUAGCAUUUCUUCACACAACUGUUCAGGAAAGAAGGAAGUUUGGUCCACUGGGUUGGAACAUUCCUUAUGAAUUUAAUCAGGCAGACUUCACAGCCAGUGUGCAAUUUGUUCAGAAUCAUUUAGAUGAUAUGGACAUUAAGCGUGGAGUGAACUGGAGCUGCGUUCGCUAUAUGCUUGGAGAAGUACAGUACGGCGGCCGUGUAACUGAUGACCUCGACAAAGCACUGCUGAAUACAUUUGCAAGAGUAUGGUUUGGAGAGCAUAUGUUUAGUGACAAAUUUUGUUUCUACAAAGAUUAUGUUAUUCCAAAAGGGAAAACAGUUGAAGAUUAUCUCCAGUAUAUAGAGCAACUGCCAGUGAUUGAUACACCUGAGGUAUUUGGACUUCACCCUAACGCAGAUAUAACUUACCAAACCAACCUUGCAAAUGAGACACUGAAUACAAUAAUGAGCAUCCAGCCCAAAGACAGCAGCACUGGAGGAGGGGAAACCCGAGAAGCAGUGGUGCAGCGUCUUGCUGAUGAGAUGCUGGAGAAGUUACCUCCAGAUUACAACCCCCAUGAGGUGAAAGCCCAGCUUCAAAAGAUGGGAGCUAUUCAACCCAUGAAUAUAUUUCUCCGUCAAGAAAUUGAUCGCAUGCAACAUGUUAUAUCAAGUGUUCGAACCACUCUGACUGAUCUCAAAUUGGCUAUAGAUGGAACCAUAAUUAUGUCAGAAGAACUGCGAGAUGCGUUGGAUAGUAUGUAUGAUGCCAGAAUUCCCAAACUAUGGUUUCGGAUUUCCUGGGAGUCUACAACUUUAGGAUUUUGGUUUACUGAGCUUCUUGAAAGAAACCAGCAGUUCAGCAGCUGGCUCAUGGAUGGCCGACCGAAUCAGUUCUGGAUGACGGGGUUCUUUAAUCCACAGGGAUUCCUCACUGCCAUGAGGCAGGAGACAACUCGCUCAAACGUAGCAAAAGGAUGGGCACUUGACAGCGUUGUUUUGCACAACGAGGUGACCAAGAUGAUGAAAGAAGACGUGGCUGGCCCGCCUCCCGCUGACGUCGGUGGGGUCUAUAUAUACGGCCUUUUCCUCGAAGGGGCCGGUUGGGACCGCAGGAACAGCAAGCUGGUCGAGUCGGCACCAAAGGUGCUGUACACAAGUCUUCCUGUGGUCCAUGUGUAUGCUGUCAGCAUGACAGCACUACAGGACUCAAAGAAGCAACAAGGCAAUGUGUACUACUCCUGUCCCGUCUACAAAAAGCCUCGGAGAACAGAUCUGACGUACAUUUUCUCCUUGUACCUGAAAACAGCACAGAAUCCUGAUCACUGGACUUUACGGGGGGUGGCACUGCUUUGCAGUUCAAAAUGAGGACCAACAUAUUGCUCUUAAAAAUAACCGCCGAGGAAAUAAGUCUGCAGCCAGUAGGAAUCCUGUUGUUAUUUUCAGAGUGGUGUGGGAAUUAGCAAGUGAGGUAUAGAGAUUGCAUUAAUCAUACAUAGAUCAGUUUACUCUCUUCACAGUGAAUACACCUAAGUGUAUUUAACCUGGGAAUGUCAGAGGGAAACAGGUACAGCAACUGCUGUAAAGCAAGAAUACAUUCAGCUAGUUUGCUUAUACAGAAAAUGCUGGGGAAAAAGUGCUUAUGAUAGUGAUAACUGCUCUAACAUUUAUGGUGGUUCUUUUGUAGAUGCUGUCUCUUCUUCCUAGUAUAAGUCUUCACAAUAUAUGAUGAUUCUUUUUAAAAUCAACUUUGUAGUUAAGAACUUAUCAUGCAUAGCAUUAUUAAAGCCGUAAUGAUGAGUGAGUUAAACUCAUAAUAAAACUUCAUCCUUUUCUGCACAUA